AUGCCGGCUAUCGACGCGAGCGUGGCGCCGCAGGUGCCUCUGCAAUCCCUGCCGGUCGUGCAGGAGGCUGUCCCCUUUCCGACGUCGCUCCCGCCAUCGCCGCCCGAGCCGCCAGCGCCGUGGUACGGCACGGCCGUCGGCUUCCUCGCGAGGGGGCCGGGGAUGGAGCCCGUCCUCUCGCUCAGCCUCGUGGUCGGCGCGGUCGGCGCCGCCGGAGCCGCAUUGUCCGCGCACCAAAGCGAGAUGGCGUCCAUCUUCCCCGUCUUCUUUGGCGCGGUGUGCCUCAGCUUGGCCGCCUUCUCCGUGUCCAACGCGCUGCUCUGCGGCGACGAAUUGGCUCGCGCGUGGGCGUUCGUGAUCCCGCUUCACCCUCUUCCGCUGACGGCGCUACUGUGGCUCGUCCCCGCGGACGAUCUUCUGCGCGCCAAGGAGAGCAUGGACACCUUUCGUGUGCCCGGGACUGUAUUAGUUGGGGCAAUCGGGGCGGUGACCGCCACCAUGCCGCGCCCCCUUCGCUGGAAGUGCAUGGUGGCGGCCGGCUUCCUUCUGUCGACUGCCAGCAAUUUCGGUGUGGCCACGUACCUACUCGACGAGCGGCUCUCCUUCAUUUACGAGAUGUUCCCCUACCACCUCUCGACCCUGGGCAGCCUCGCCCUCACCCUCCUCUGCCAGAAGGUCAUCAAGGAGUUCAUCGGGCAGCCACUGACGAUGCUGCCUUGGGUGAGCGUCAACUUCGAGGACGGUGGCGUCAACGAGCGCGUCACCAGAGCCUGCCUGGCGGGCGCAUUCGCGUGCAUUUGUCUCCUCGUCGUUAGCGGUUGGGCGGCGGGCCAGGACGGUGCGGAGCGUUUCGGCAAGUGA